AGUUCGCUCUGAAGCGCGUCGCGGCGUGGUUGUGCAUCCAUCGUGGGGUCCCAGGAGGAACUUUAAGAACUAUUUCGAUUCUAGCGAGCCAAGAUCGCGUGUUUGGUGAAGUGAUCCGAAUAGUUUAAGACAAGUCUGCCUCGACAAUGGCAGCGAUAGUUUUGUGACCAAAAAUACAGUGAGAGUUGAAAACCAAUCAAUUAAAACUAAGCUAAGCAAAAACUUAACGCGGAGUAACCUUUUAAAGCGUUUCCCCGAAAAGGCGGACACAAGGAGAGCGCGUGGGUGGAGCGGUGAAAUGGGCGGUGGCGCCCUGACCAUCCGCCCAAAUCAGCGGCGGGGCACGGUGCGGAUGCGUUAUGUACUCGUCCUGGCCUUUGACAACUGAAAAUGGCAAAAGGUAGCUGAGCAACGGCAGCAGCAGUCCCUGCGAAUCGAUAACCGCAACACACAAAGUGCUGAUCAGCCAAUCAAGGCGAGCAACUAAGCGAUAUAGGGGUGCACUCAAAGCGUCCCGAAAAAAAAAAAAAAAAACUAGAGCCCCGAGCCCCAGGAUGCGGAUGUGGGUGCGGAUGCCGCAGGCUGUGCAGCUGCUGUUUGCGAUGGGCUUGUGGGCGAUGCAAGGUCACGCGCAGUUGGAUUCAGAGCCAGAGGCAGUCGGAGCAGAAGGAGCAGCGGGACCUGGAUCCCCAGCGCCACGGAACCGCAUCAAGGCGGAAGCGGAUGCCCUGAUGACAGGCGACAGCUUCAACAUUCGCCACGGGCGCUCUCGGUCGCAUUUCCUUCAUGGCAGCACAAACAGUAGCAGCAGUAGCGGCAUUGGGAGUGGCGGUGGGACCACACGCCUCACCCUGAUCCCGCCCACACAGCUGCCGGGUGUGGGUGGGACCUCGCCGGCUCCCGUCACGCACAAAAUCCGCAAAUUGCACAAGAAGAAAAUCAACGAGAGCAUACGCAAAAGUGUGGACAAAAGUCUGGGCCUCCGCCAUACGCCGAAGAAUCACCGCAGUUUGGCCGAGGCCGAGCACCUGCAGGGUCGUCCUGCCAGCGAGGACGCCGAGGAUACGGCUCUCAGCGAGGUCAUGCAGCUAGCGGAUGAGAUUGAGCUGGAGAGCUCAUUCGUGACGGCGGCCCCAACAGGUGAUCCGGAUAUUGGUGUCAAACAGGCACGCCAAUUUGUGCGUGAUGAGGCCAAUUACCAGGAGGACGAUGAUGAUACUAUCGACGACGACGAGGAGCUCGAUGAGGAGGAGGAGGAGGCUCCAAUGUCCACCACCAUCAAGCCCAAAAUCGCCAGUACCCGCCUGCUGCCGGUGAAUGGCACUUGGCAGCGAAUGGGCACCAUAUCGCGGGACUCCCCCCCGGAAUCGGAUUACGACUCUAAUGCCCUGGACAACGCGCAGGAGGACGAGGAGGAGGAGGAGGGUCAACCAUUUGGCAAGCUGCUGCCGCUCAACGAAAGCCUCGCCACCACCGAAUGGAUGGACGAUGGGGCUCAGCGGGAACCGGAGGCGGAGGCCAGAUCCCAGGCGGCCAGCAUGGAGGUCAAGCAGAUCAGCUUCGACAGCGAUGGCGACUCCGAUUCCGAGGCGGGACUGGACACCUCCGAGGUCACCAUGGACGACGGCUAUCCGCCGGAUGCGCAAGUCGAUGACAAGACCAAGCAGCUGGUCAUUGGCGAUGUGGAGGAGGAUUCCGGCGACAACAUGGAGUCCAACCAGUUUACCGCCGACGUGAUUAACGCGCGGGACAGCAAGAUCGAUCUGGUGUCCAAGUUCCUGCAGUAUAUCGAGCAGCAGCAUCUGAUGGGCUCCAACUGCGUGGCUGGUACUUCGCUCAAUCUGGGCGAGGGCGUGGUCGACCGGUAUGCUCAGGACAGGUUCCGGGUGGAGGCCGAGGUGGCCGUCAAUCGCGCCAAUAUGCUGACCAGGAUCUUCAAGACCACCGGCCGCUCGGUGCAGGAGGAUGUCAACCUGCUGCACGCCUCCGUGCUGUCCAUGGUGGAGUUCGACGAUGAUAUAUUCGCGGCCGGAAAUUGCUUCGACUGGAACGAGCAUCCCGCGCAGCCGGGCCUCUUUUGCCCGUUCGCCUACCGACUGCCGCCUCCGAAUCUGGGAGCGGUUUUCGCCAAGGAUCUGGCCAUGGAGUAUCACUAUCUGGGCAACACCUCCGAAUGGUUCUUCCUGGCGCGCAAGAAUGCCGAGAAGGUGAUAGCCCGCAACGAGCAGUAUCUCAAGUCCUUUCAUCUCUACUCGAACCGCACGGAGGAGCGCAUCGAGGAUGACACGCUGGCUGUGAAAUACGAGGACGGCAGAUGGUCAAAACCGUACUACGAUUGCGGCGGUGGCAACAUUUGGAUGCUUACCUACACGGUGCCGUUCUUUGGUUAUGAAAACGGCACAUAUCACUUCAAGGGCACAUCUGGCAUCGACAUCGACUUGCGCCGCGUGGACAUCGACCAGUGUCCGCAGCGGCACACGCCGGGCACCAAGCGACCGCUGAACAUCUUCGCCGGCACGGACAAGUGCAAGCAGCGCACGACCAUGUGCGAGGCCAUCAUGGGAUUGGGCUUCCGGCGCGGCUCCUACAAAUGUCUGUGCCGCAAGGGAUUCUACUUCCCGGACAUCGUCUCGCAGCACAAGUUCUUCAACGGCAGCCUCCUGGAGGAGGAGUACGAGAAGCUGAUGCUGGGCAAGAACUCCACGUACAACAGCAACAGCGAGUACGAGUGCCUGCCGUGCGCCGAGGGCUGUGACUCCUGCGAGGACUCCUCGCCCUGCAUCGCCGCCCUCAACUGGCCAAUGCGCACCAGCAUCCUGGCGCUGGCCUGCAUCGUGAUUGGGCUCCUGCCUCCGGCCGCUUGGUUCACCUUUCGCUACCAGCAGGUUAAGGUGGUGAGGGCCGCCAGUCCGGCUUUGUUGCGGGUCAUCGCCUUGGGAGCAUUCUUCAUCUACUGCACGAACAUUGUGAUGUAUCCGAAUCCGAAUCUCUACACCUGCACGGCGCGCAUUUGGCUGCGUGAGAUUGGCUUCUCCCUGACCUACGGAGCUCUGAUGCUGAAGACCUGGCGGAUAUCGGUGAUUUUCCGAGUUCGAUCUGCGAAGGCUGUGAAGAUCACGGAUGCCGCCCUGCUCAAGAGACUGGGCAUCAUCUGCGGAGCCAUCGGAACCUGCCUGCUGGUCAGGACACUCGUCUCACCGCCGGACGUGGUGGUGGGACGCACCGCCGACGACCUGAAGGCGUUCCUCUGCAAGACCGACUGGUGGGACUACACGUUCACCUCGAUGGAGGUCCUGUUCCUGGCCUGGGGCGUUCGCCUGUGCAUCAUGGUGCGGAAGGCGCCGUCGGAGUUCAACGAGAGCCGCUUCAUCUCGAUGGCCAUCUACAAUGAGUUCCUGCUCACCUGCUUCCUCAACGUCUCCAUGCUCUUCCUGCAGUCGCCUGCCAAUCCGGAUUUGCUGUACAUCAUCUUUUUCUGCCACACCCAGCUUACGGUGACCCUGCUCCUGGCCCUCAUCUUCGGCAGCAAGGUGUACAUCGUGCUACGCAGCGGCAAGUCGCACCAGGAGAACAUCGGCAUGGGCACCAAGGCGUCGGGGGCCAAAUUCAAUUUUCGUCCCCAGGUGCGCACCUUCGCCAAUCCCAGCUCGGUGACCACCUCCACGGUCCCGGUGGCAGCAGAAACCAAGCUGUCGGACCAGGAGGCGCUGGAGGAGAUCCGCCAGCUGAGCAUGCAGCUGCAGCGCAUCCAGGAGAUGGCUCCGCCCAAGGGCGUGGCGGUUAUGACGAUCUCCAGCCUGCUGGACGGCCUAAAGACACCCGGUGGCCUAAUGGUUGUGGCGGCGGCGGCGGGCGCCACUGCCCAAGGCCACUCGGCCGCCAAUCGCCAGAGCGCACUGCCCCUGCUCGCCCUGAACGUGGAGAUGCAGAAGUACAGCCAGCAGAACAACAACUCCAACGGGGGUCGGGGGAGUGGCCGAACCAGUAUUCCCACCAUGGUGCUGGAAACGCCGCCCAGCUCGACGCCCCCGUCGGCGGCUUACGAGGAGCGGGCCGUGAACACGGAGCUCAGUGGCGACGACUUCCGGGAGCAGCUGCUGCGGCGAACGGCCGAUGGCCACAUCAUCUGCAGUCGCUGCCUGGACGCGUCCAAGGAGCACUACUACUGCUGUCCGCCGCGCAGCGCCUGCGACCAUCUCGGCUCGCCGAAGGAGGAGGGCAGCCUGAGCUUCGCCAACAUCAAGCUGGAGUGUAUGUGCUCCCAGUCGGAGGACCUUGACCAGGACGUGGGCCAGCGCCAGCGGAGGCCCACGGUGCGAACGGCGGCCACCAAUACGCCGCCGACCAGCUGCAAACGGGCUCCACGCAACCUGCUGGAGGCCGAGCUCAGCAUUUCGUAUCAAAUUUGUGAUAACUGUAGAAGUAAGUACAAGCUAACUGGCCGCCGACGCAGCGGCAGCUACUCCCAGGCUCAGGAGAAUCCCCAGCUGGGCCAGCAGCCGGCUGGACAGUUGCCCAUCCAAUCCCGCAGCACCGAGCUUCUGGACCGCACCACCGCCGCUGAGGUCGAGACCGAGGUCGAGGCGAGGACCAAGGCGGCCCACUCCACGGACGACAUAGUCCUGUACUCCAGUGCACCCGAGGAGCUGGCCGCUCAGCUGGCCGAGCCCGUGGCGGCACCCUCCCUGGGCAAUGUGUCCAGCAACUCGAACAACUCCACCAGCGGCAGUGGAGGCACCACUCGACCCAAGCGGCCAGACAAGUUGGUCUUGGACCUCAACGAUCGGUCCAAGUAUACCAAAGAGGUUUCCGUGUAGAGCGAAUAAAUCUUGGCCAGCAAUGCAGAAUUCUGUUCUAGAUUUAUAUGUUGAUGUUGGAGGGUUAUGGUUUUGGAAGUUACUUCGCCAUUGCAGCCCGAAAUAAUUAAAUUGUUGGAGGAAAUGUGGUUGGAAAUUGUAAUUGCCGAACAGAUUUUGCAUUGAUUGGCGGCAAUCGAAAAUGUUUUAUGCUUAGGCCAGUUGAAUUAUCAAAGACUUUACUAAAUUAUAUUUGUACAACUAACUAGAUAACUGAUUAAUUUAGCUAAACAUAGGCAUAUGUAAGUCGGAGUGGAAAAGACGCGAUUUCAGCGAAAGCGACGGCGUUUGCGAUUUGCAUUGCUAAGCAAAAUGAUUUGCAACUAUAAUGAGCCCCGAAUGUUGUGAAUUUAUUGGAAUUUGGCACACACCGCAGGCGCAAAAGUCAACAAUGCAGUUUCGCUGAAAGUCAUGUGCUUUCGAUAGAAUAUUAAUAAAAUUUACAUUUCAUGUGUGUAGAUAAUUAAAUCUAAAUUGCUUACUAAUUGAAAAUCGCAGCGAGUCAUUUCCAAUGGAAAUGAUUUGCGCACUCAUAAUGCAUUUGCUGUUAUAUUUACUAUAUUAAGCCAUAUUUAAGUGCCGAUCUGAUCUAUUCAAAAUGGGAGCCCAACCACAUGCACACACUGUUCAUUGGCCAUAAUGGCCACUCUGUAAUAUAGGUAAUGAUAAAUAAAAUGUGUUGAUGUGAGCUGUACAAUAUACACAUAUCUCCUACAAAUUCCAAACUCACACAAUACGAAACCUUCCAACUAAUAUAGUGAGUAAAUAAUUGUAGCUACAAUUAAGCAUUAAUUAGAUGUCCCACACCAACCUACACUAUUAUCAAAAUACUUCAUUAUCAAUAAAUAACCUUUGCCGAAUCGAAAUCCCAUCUGCAUCACGGAAAAUGACAUUUGCGAAAUCUGCGUUGUCGCUUGAAAAGACCCGAACAACAAUUGUAGUUAAGUGUUGAUGUUAUUGAGUUGGAAAAUAUGUGCAUUAAAUGCGUUUGUUUAAAGCAAUCCAAUAAAUGGCGACUCUACUGAAUGUACACCU